AUGGAGUUCAAAGAUAUUCCUGCGGAACUGAUCAUCUUAACCUGUGGCAUAGCUGCCCCACCCGAUGCAGUUGGUCUCCAAGGUGUAGAUCGACAAUUCCCACUUGAAAUGUUCAAGCCAGUUUCCGAGGCUCGAAUGGUCAAAUUCGAACAUCAGAAAUUUUGGGAAUAUCUUGGUCUGGGGUGUACUGUGGAGAUGAUCCGAGAGAUGCGCAAAGAUGCCAACAUGCGGGCUAAACUUAGGGCUAAGCUUACAGGUAAACGACGCAACGACGAGGACGAUGACGACGAUUUUGUGGAAGCAUCUAGAAUGGAGAGUGGUGAGGAUGACGACGAAGGUCGGGCAGCCAUUGGCAGAAGCCAACCAAAGGUGUCUGCCGAGCCGGCUGCCCCUAGCGCUGGUUCGUCCAAUGACUUGACAACUCUCACGAAAAGUCAAAGGAAGCGCCUGAAAAAGAAGCAGAAGCUGCAGCACGCGGUCACUGAGACGGACCUCUCGGGCGCCAUGACGGCUCUCCUAGUGGUUCUACGUACCAGCAUAACCGAUGCCGGCGCUAUCUACAUCGGCUCUCUGGGAUGCCUUCUGACUGAGGUGGCUCUGGACUACUAUAAUAUGUCUGGGCUCUCAGCGCGCGGUUGGCGUAGCAUGAUACGCCGAAGCCGCGUGCCGGAACUGAGCUCUCGCCGGAUCUCGUUGUUAGAGGGACCUGGGGUGGCCCACCGUGCAUUGCUGGUGAUAGCCGGAGACCAUGGUGAGCCAUUGCGGGAGCUGUUGGACUUCUCUGGAACGGUUCACCAGUUGCCGAGGUCGGAAUGUGAAAUGCUGUAUGGUCGAGCUGGAUAUCUCAGCUCUCUGCUAUGGAUAGUGAAGUUUGGCCAACUGUCUGCGGAGAGGCUAGUUGAUGUCGAGAGAGUGUGCCGCAAUAUAGUACGGGACAUAGCAGACGAGUCCCAUUGGCGGGAGGAUCACUUCCAUUGGGAGUGGUAUGGCAAGGCCUACCUGGGUGCUGCCCACGGCACUGCAGGUAUAAUAUAUACUCUAUGCGACUACAUAAUCUCCUUUGAUCCGGAGGAGGGUGCGAGGCUGCUUUCAAGGCUUAUCUCUACUGUAGACUGGGUCUUGACCCGUUGCAGGUGCAACCAUGGGAACAUAGCGUCUAGUGUCGACAGCCGAUCGGGAGGUAACCUAGUUCAUUGGUGUCACGGUGCUACUGGAUGGAUUCCAGCCCUCAUCCGGUUGAGCAAUACCAUUGCAUUACUAAAGCCUAGAGGGUAUGAGACUCUCCUUCCUCGAAUUAGUGGAGAGCUCGACGGUCUAGGGGAGGUUGUGUAUAGACGAGGGUUAUUAGCAGAGAAGGGGGCCGGGCUCUGCCAUGGUGUUGGAGGCAGUACUAUGGCCUUAGUAGCUUUGUAUUGCCACACAAAUGAGGAGAAGUGGCUUCACAGAGCCAAGCAGUUUGCCCUAUUCGCUGGACAGUAUGGCCGGUGGUUGAGCGAGUCCUUUGCUGAUCGCCCUUAUUCCCUCUAUGAGGGUCUAGGAGGGGCCGUGGCCGCCAUCGAGGCCACACUGGCUGCUAUGCGUGGGCAGAAAAAUGUGACACAAUUGUUCCCUGGUUUUUAG